AUUUGCACCAAACAGGAUUGAAAUUUGAAAACGCGUUUUAUGCGAGAAUGUGUAAGCAGCAAGAAAUUUAAAAAACUCAACUGGGGGUCUGGUUCAUACUUCAACAGAAAGAAAGAAGAGAUUGACUGCAUCAUGAAUCGCCAGAAAAGCAUGUAUGGUGAGAAAUCUAGGAAAGAUAAACCUAAAGGACGUCAUGGAUUACCUCAACGAAAGAGGCAAGAGAUAAAGGAAGCAUUUGAUCUUUUUGAUACUGAUGGCUCAGGCACUAUUGAUGCUAGAGAGCUCAAUGUUGCCAUGAGGGCCCUGGGUUUCGAAAUGACAGAAGAGCAAAUCACACAAAUGAUUGCAGAUGUUGACAAGAACGGCAGUGGUGCAAUCGAUUUUGAUGAAUUUGCACACAUGAUGACUGCCAAGAUUGGGGAAAGGGACUCUAAGGAGGAGCUCAUGAAAGCUUUCCACAUUAUUGACCAAGAUCAAAAUGGAAAAAUAUCUUCCAUGGACAUUAAGCGUAUUACAGAGGAAUUGGGAGAGAAGUUUUCUACCAGGGAGAUUGAGGAGAUGAUUCGGGAAGCAGAUCAAGAUUCUGAUGGUGAAGUCAGUGCUGAGGAGUUUAUGAGGAUGAUGAAGAGAACCACAUAUGGGUAUUAAGGCUUCAAUUUUAAGCUUACCCUCUUCUUCCUGUAAGGAUUUUAUUCAAAUGCAGAGUUUUCUAACCUUCUGCAAAUAUUGUUCAGCUUAUUUUGACCAUAUGUAGACAGAUUUUAUUGCCCAUGGCAAUGAAAACUAUUUGUUGGUUUUCGUGCAACAAUUCCUAGUGAAAAA